AUGUCGGGCCAGUCUAUUACAGAUCGGAUCGCAGCAGCCCAACACAGCAUGACCGGGUCGGCUAUCAGCAAGGCUGUGUGCAAAGCCACCACACAUGAAGUCAGCGGACCCAAGAAGAAACACCUUGACUGUUUCGAUGCUCUCGGAGAUUUGUUGAAGCCAACGGUUCCGACGCUCAGCGCUCCUCCUCCUCCUCCUCCUCAGAUGGCCAUCCAUCCUGGAGGAAAGCUGCUAGCCAACGACCUCGACUCCUCUCUGGCCAACCUCGUGGGCAACCUUGCAGUCGGUGGGACCCCAGCCAAGAAGCCAGACAUGCAGUGGAACCAACCAGGAGAGAAGAAGCUGACUGGAGGACACAACUGGCAGAAUAAAACCAUGUCGACUACGCAGUGGGGUCCGGCUCCCAUGGCCCCUCAGCCCAUGCCUGUCCAACACGUGGCUCCAGCUCCCAUGGCUUUCCCCAUGACCACACCGCAAGUGCCUGUGUAUGGAAUGGUCCCUCCCCAGAUGGGUCAGAUGGGCGGGGUACCAGUGAUGGCUCCUCAGCCAAUGAUGUACAACCAGCCUGUUCUCAGACCCACUAACCCCUUCGCACCCAUGCCCGGAGCCCAGAUGCAGUUUAUGUAAUCCAGUCAGGGGGGGAAAGCCGAGUGCCAAAAGCGACAAACAAACAAACAGCAGAAGAAGAAAAACACACAAGAGGACGAUCACAACGGAGGACGGAGGGAAAUGAUUUGAUCAAGUUAAAAAACGACUUAAGAGACGGACAGACAGACGACAAGAUAAACCAACCCACACCAAAAAAAACAACAAGAAGACGGAAAGAUGAGGAGAAGAUGACCCCAAGAGGA